CCAUGUGCUUCAAGUGGUUCAAGGACGUGGUGGCCAUGACGGCGCACGCCGAAUCGCAGAGCAAGCGCUGCAACCUUCGGUUCUCGCAGCACUACCGUCCCUUCAUCGACCAGCUGACGGCCGGGGUGGUGGAUGCGGUCGGCGUCCACGAAGACAGCACGGUCAAGUACGAGGUCAGCAAGGAUGCCACCGACGGUAUGAACAUGGUCCAGGACAAGGUUCAGCAGGCCAUGAUUGACUACCGGACCAAGGCGUUGGAGGACCAGGCGACGUACUGGGACAAUCGUCCGAUUUCGGCUCAGGAGUGGUGAAGAUGCUGCGGCGUGGCGGCUGACGACGAAAGAUUUCCUACCUCUACAGCAGGGAGGUAGGUUCCCAUCUAAUCUUGUAUCUAGGGGUAGACACGAUAUCAGGCACUGGGAGACGGAAGAAGG